UCUGAUCUACAACACAUCGAUCAAUCCUUUCAACAUUGGAUCGAUGACUCAUUGGUUUCCCACCAUUACCCUCCAAUCGACAACCACUCUGUCGUCUUCGAGGCCAACAAGCCUUCCCUUCCACCCAUAAAUACAAAUAACACUGCGACAUAUGGCUUCCCGAGUCCUCAGACGUCCUCCACAGAUCCACAGAUAUAUCUCUUCACUCCAGAAAAUCUGUGCAAUAGUUACCCGCAGGUUGCAAUGUCACCAAUGUCACCCAACGGCCAACAACUCCACGCGCCAAUGUCGUCACUUUCGAUGAAACCAUCUGACAGCCUUCGUUAUUCCCUGUCGCCUGCUUCGGCGGCCAGUCCUCGUGAUUUUUCCUUUGCCCUGUCGGCUUCACCGUCCAUGUCCUCUUCUUCUCAUGACUUUCCGGGUGCGGAUGAAGAUCGUGAAAUGUCUAGGGCACAUAUCGAUCUUUGGAAGAAUCUACCGUUGCAGGCCGUUCGACACAUUGCGACAGGAAUCAGCAUCUUUAUCCCUCAACCAAUUUAUAAGCCGCAUACCCAGGCUGAUCAAGACCGGUAUAUCAAACAUGCCAGUCUUUUUGAGCCGAUCAUCUUCAUGGUUGAGAAUCCAUACGAAUGGGGUAUCUCUCUAGACGAUGCCCUAAGACAACGCACCAAGCACCUGCUUGGAAAGGAUGAACUGAUGUUUGAAAAUUGUGGCCCAUCCGUCUCUAUCAGGAUCCAGUGGCCCUGUUAUGCGCCGUGGAGUAGGCAAAUUCCGACGAAGGAUUUCAAAAAUCCCAAGGGCCCCAUUACCAAAGCCAAGUUGGCUAAAAAUAUUGCCAAAUGUGUCUCGCGAUUCAUAGAGGAUAACCAUACCAAACGGAUGGAAGACGAUUCUGACAAGCGCUUCCGCGUGGGCGCGAACUAUAUCAAGUUGGAAGAUCUUAUGCUAGUCAGCCUCCAUCAUAUAUCACAAGGAAGUUGGCAACCGCACUUUCGUCUUCGUCGAUCGAUUUUUUGAAAGGCUUAUUGCCGCUCACCAUCAAUAUCUUGUUUAAAUCUUGGUUUUCACCUUCCUUGUUGGUCUUCUUGAUGAUCUUUCCUAAAGCUACUACCCUCCUUACCUUCGAAUCCUGCUACCAUUCUUGUGCCGUGCUAACGCUGGGCAGAUCUUGGCACCCGUUCGAGUUUUUAUUCUCUAUUUUUUUGAAUACUGUCGCUCACUGCUAUCUAAUGUCGUAUCAAAUUGAAACGUGUCUACUAUCAUUGUAUACCCAGGAAAAUCACAACUUAUCUCCUUGUAUCCCCUGCAAUCAAAUUCUUGCCCUGUGUUUA